AUUCCCUCUCACUUCUCAAUCUCGACGCAGUUCACAAUGAGGGUGCUUCUUUGGUUCAGCAUUCAUGUCGCACGUGCCUCGGGACGCCACCCCGAUCCAUAUUGACCUUCAGGUAUGGGGAAGAGGCAUGACGGAGUACCAAUGGUCUGGCGACAUUGCCGUGGGCAAUCCGCCCCAGAUCUUGUAAGUUUGAACCACGAACAAGUACUUUGUUGCGUUGCUUGACCGUCGAAUUUAUUCGCUCUUGGCUGCCUUUUUCAAUGCUGACUCCCGGCAGUAACGUCGUCUUUGACACGGGUGCGGCAGCCCUCCUACUACCCCGUAGCAACUGCACCACGUGCGGCGGGCACCACAAUCUCUUUGAUCCCUCCAGUUCCGGCACAUUCUCAGCUCAGCCGGGAGUGUGGAUCGAGGGUCUCUUCGCCGGCGCCACUGGCCACACUAUCCCGUCCACAGAUCCCCAAGGGGCAAACUGCACCGCCGUCAUCGACACGGUACACGUCGGCGACCGUCAGGCUCAGCAGCAGCAGUUCCUCCUGUGCGACGUCUAUUCGCCAGGCCUGGCCGAGCAGCUAGCCGACGGCAUCUUUGGGCUCGGCUCGACCCGCAGAUUCUCCUUCGGCCCGUGGACCAACUUUUCGACCGCGUACGGCAACCUACUCGACAGCGGGACCUUGCGGCGGCCCGAGUUCGGCUUCUCACUCAUCGAGACAAACACCCGGAGCGGCCGGCUGACACUUGGGGGAACCGACCCCUCCUUAUACAUCCCCGGCACGCUCAAGACAAUCCCAUUGGACUGGCCACUGUCCGAGAGCAGGGGCAGCUGGGUCGUCGGGGUACAGGGGGCUCGCAUCGGCGGCAGCCUGCUGGCCAACUCGACCGACUCGGUCACGCUGGUCGACACCGGCGCGGCAGUCGUCGUCACGCCCGACGUGGAGACGACGCGCAACCUGUACGCGCUCAUGUCAGACCAGAUCCAGCCCAUCGCCGGCUGCCGCGGCUGCUGGGGCGCGCCGUGCGACGUCCUGGAUCAGGCCGUUAGGGACGUCACCUUCACCCUGGGCGGUGCCGGCGACGGCGGCCUGGGACAAGAGCAGGUCGACGUCACGCUCGACAAGGCCUUCAUCAACGUCGGCGAGUACCCGGGCGUGCCGGGCCUCUGUCAGGGCGUGUUCCUGGACCCGCCCCGGCCGGCGAGGGAGCCGCUGCAGGGCCGCCGCGCGUGGAUCGUUGGGUCGCCGUUGUUGAGGUCGUAUUAUACCGUUUGGAAUUCGGAGGAGAGGACGCUCGGGUUUGCAAGCCCGUCGGUUGGGGGCGGCGAGAAGAGGAACUGAUCAGACUUGGCUGGGGGACAUGUGUGGCUUUCGAUGGGUUCUUCUUGCGUUGGUUUUGAGUUUUGCCUGGUGACUAAGCGGUGGGCUCGACGACUCGAAUUUGCCGGUCCGUGGCUUUUCAAGCUUUGCGUUUCCAUUUAAACCUCAAGAGUCAUAGUGAAAAUCACAAUAAUCCAACAUUUACCCGCAGGCAGCGACGCGAGAAAG